CCCACCUUCAGAAUCUUGAAACCUUGCUUGUGAAGGGGUUGAAAGGUAGAAUAUUACUACCUUAUGCUAUAUGGAGCAUGGAAAAAUUGAGACAUCUCCAUGUAAAAAAUUAUGCUACCAUCACCCUGCAAGAUGGCGAAAGCACAAUUUUCUCCAAAGUACUUAAUUUGGUCAGUCUUUCCUAUCCAUAUCUCAUUUAUGGUAUAGGUAUAGAGAAUAUCAUGAGGAGAUUGGUCAAACUUCGGAAACUGAGGUGCGUGUUUUCAGAAUUACGGGAUGAUACUGGAAAGUACAAUCAGUUUCCAAUUAUGAAUUUUCUAACCGAGCUUGAGUCCCUCAACAUACUCUACUCAGGCCGCAUUGGUCUUCCUUGUAAGUUUGACUUCCCAUUGAAUCUCAGGAAGUUAACUCUGUCAAAGUUUCGCUUGCCAUGGGAUUGUAUUUCGGACAUUGGGAGAUUACCCAACCUUGAGGUUCUCAAAUUACUGUCUAAGGCCUUUGAGGGCAAAGUGUGGGAGAUGAAAGAAGGAGAAUUCCUUAAACUUAAAUUUUUGAAGCUAGACAGUCUAAACCUUUCUGAAUGGAAAGCCUGUAGUGAUCACCUGCCGCAGCUUCAGCACCUAAUUUUGCAAAGUUGCAGGCAGCUCAAGGAGGUCCCCUCUGGUUUUGGGGAUAGCUCUACUCUGGAGAUGAUUGAGGUGCAAAUGUACACUAGCUCUCUUGCAGAGUCUGUGAGACGGCUUCAGGAGGAGCUAGAAGACAUGGGGAAUGAGCUGAAGGUCCUUGUUGAAUUUUCGGACACGGAUUUUUGAUCACCUCUGAAAUUUAUGGUAGAACUUUGGCAUGUUAUUCUAUAUGUAGAAGAGUCUGUGAGACGGCUUCCAAGAGGAACAACUUGACACGGGAAGUGAGCUGAAGGCCCUUGUUUGAUCGUUCCGACAUGCUAU